CAAGUCGAGACGUCAGUCACGUAGUCAGUCAGAGUCACGUACGUUUUGGAUAAUUUUACUAGUGUGCGUUAACGAGUCUUGUUGUGAUAUGUUACUACUUCAAAACGUGUGCGUAAAUACUCAAGAGUACGACCAGUUCCUUCGGCAAAGAAAAUCAGAUUUACUACAUUUACUGAUUUGAAUAUAAAUACUUGUAACAAAUUAGAUCUUUGUAAAAAUAUAGUGUUUGAAAUUCAUUUUGCUUUUCAAUUCGUACGAGUUAACUGUGUACUUAACGAACAUACAAAGAUAAACUGUAUGUAGUGUACGUUCAGUGGUGUUGCACUUUGUUUAUUUAUAGACAGUCGCAAUUUGCAGUCAUGUAAUUAUUUUGGGGUUCCUAAAAUGUCUCAAAAGGAUACAGCGAUACAUCUUGUGGCGGGCGGGGUGGCAGGUACAGCAGGUGCAGUAGUAACAUGUCCAUUAGAAGUAGUAAAAACAAGACUCCAAUCUUCAAAGGGAGUAGGAAUACCUCCUACACAGCCUCCACCUUCUGAUAACACUGCUAAUAACAGAAAAAUAUGUUCCAAGAUACCUAAACAUCAGGAGGCCAAAUGGGGCUACAGACGUACAAUGGGUGCGAUGUUCGCAUACAGCAAGCAAGCAGAUCGUAUGCUGAUGUCGUACAAUUGUCAGGUACAGCAGUACGCGAGGGCUGGACACGCCAGGACACCGUCCAGAAUGAGCCUCAUACAAUGCAUCAGACACAUUGUGCAGACCGAAGGACCAAAAGCGCUGUUCAAAGGCUUGGGACCGAACAUUGUUGGAGUGGCACCUUCUAGGGCCAUAUAUUUCUGCACGUAUUCACAAGCUAAAGCUAUUUUGAAUCAGAAUAUACCACCUGACACACCGAUCGUUCAUCUGUCGGCUGCGAGUGCAGCAGGUUUUGUCUCGUGCACGAUGACCAAUCCGAUUUGGUUUGUUAAAACUCGAUUACAAUUGGACGGACAACACGUGACAGCCCUACAGUGCAUCAAACGGAUAUACGCUAAAUCGGGCAUUCGUGGUUUUUACAAAGGCAUAACCGCUUCGUAUAUGGGUAUAAGCGAGACCGUUGUCCAUUUCGUACUAUACGAAGGCGUGAAAGCGCGACUGAUAGCCGCCCGGAGCGUGGACGGGGUGGCCAGCGACCAGAGAUCCCCGCGUGACUUCAUAGAGUUCAUGGGAGCCGGUGCCUUCUCGAAGACCGUCGCUUCGUGCAUUGCUUAUCCACACGAGGUAGCAAGAACGCGAUUGAGAGAAGAAGGUGAUAAGUAUCGGAAAUUCUGGCAAACUCUUCAUACAGUGUGGAUGGAAGAAGGAUACCGUGGAGUCUACAGGGGUCUGGGAACGCAGCUAGUGAGGCAGAUACCGAACACCGCCAUCAUGAUGUCCACGUACGAGGCCGUCGUGUACCUCCUGACAACUCACUUCAACAACUCGUUCUACGAGAACACUUAGCUCCAAACGAAUGAACGAAUAUGAAAUGUUCGAUUAUUAAAAAAAAAAAAGAAUGAAGACGCCAAGUCGUUUACGUCCGUACUGUAAGUCUGUCAGAUAGGUGCUGAUUGUAAGUUAGUGAAGCCGACGAGAGGAGAGUAGAUUUUUUUGUUUCCCUCUUAUAAUAUUGCUAUAUUAGGUAUUGUGCCUGUUGAUUUUUAAUAUUGUUAUGAGAUCAUGUCCGUAUCGAUAGUCGUUAUUAAGUUUUAAAGAAGCCACUUGAAAUUCUGUUUUUUUUUUUGUUGUUUUGAAAUAAUGAGAGAUUUUUCGAAAUUUCUCCUUAUGUUAGAUUCGAAUAUGAAAUUAGGGAUACACUGUAAUUAUUAUUUUGAUCUUCGACAGCCUACAGUCUGUCGGUUACGUGAUCAAUGGUUCCAUAAAGGAUGUUUUGGAAUUAAUUUCCUGAAUAAUCCGCCUAAAUGAACGCCAAUUCCGUAUGUAGUCAUAGUUUCUAGUCUCCAUCAAAUGUGUCCAUUUGUCAAUCAAUACAUUCUAAUUGAAAUGAGAUGAAAACUGAAACCUGUAAGCACAAAAACAAAAGCACAAUGUUACAAAAAAAAAUGGCUUAACAUUUUAAACAAAUAUUUUGUGUUUAUUAAAAAAAAAACAUAAUGUUUUAAAUUUGC